AUGGACGCUCUUAGGGAAAAAUUCGACUGCCACCGCCAGAUCUGCAUGCGUCACUGGGACCUGAUUCUCGACUAUCCCAGAAUAACUAAAGAAACACCCGAAGCUAUAGACGAUCUUAUCGAGACAGUCAAAGUACAUCUCCAAGCGUUAGAAAGACUCGGGGACCCAGUCACGUCAAACGCCAUUCUCAUAAAGCUUGUCACGUCGAAGUUACCCUCAGCCGUUGUUCGCGAGUGGCAACAUACCCUACCGGACAAGAAAUUGCCGCCAUAUACGCAUUUAGUAGAUUUUCUAAAAACACGGACGAAUAGCGACAGAGCGUGUUCAUCAUUAACCGUCAAAAAAGGGGCGUCCGAUCAACACGACCGUCGGCGACAGGACGCGCCGCGAAGCUACACAUUCAUAACUACACAUAAUACGUUGUUGUGUCCGAACUGCCACGGACAACACAAAUUAUGGAAUUGCCAUGUCUUCAAAACGAAGACGCCCAAAGAACGCCUGGAAAUCGCCAAAAGGGCGUCGCUCUGUACCAAUUGUUUAGGCAAGGGACACGCUCUCACUCAAUGCUCCGCGGGAUCAUGUCGCAUCUGUAGACAGCGACAUCACACGUAUCUGCAUCAAGACCAGGGGCAUAGCAAAACACUAGCAUCACUCUGUGUCGGCCAACUUGAUAUCAGUCAAGCAAACGGGCCCGACUUGCAGGAUCGGAAAUUCCAACAAAUCUUGUGGCGCAACUCGGACGGAGAAGUGGACAUCUAUCAACUUAACACAGUGACAUUCGGGCUGUCAGCGGCCCCCUAUCUAGCCAUUCGGUGCCUCAAACAACUGGCAGACGACGAGGGACAUCGAUACCCACGAGCAGCGAUGGUCUUACAGCGAGACUUCUACGUCGACGAUGUUCUCACAGGAGCCGAAACAAAGAACGAGGCACAAUCACUAAGAACGGAGCUCAUAGAAUUGCUUAAAUUAGCCGGCUUAAACAUCCGAAAAUGGGCAGCGAACGACCGGGAACUGCUACGAGGACUUUCCGAGCAGGACAUAAACGAUAAGCUGCUACUAGGCGAAUCGCAAACUUUCAAAACUCUGGGUGUUGUUUGGAAUUCCUUUGACGAUUCGAUCCUAUAUUCCGUCAAAAUCAAUCCUACCGCCUCUCGAAUUACGAAGAGAACAAUCAGCUCCGAAAUUGCCAAGAUCUACGACCCUCUUGGAUUACUGGCACCAGUGAUCGUUCGCGCUAAGAUGUUGCUCCAACGACUUUGGACUUUAAAACUUGACUGGGACGAAUCUCUUCCGGCUGACGUACACACAGAAUGGAGCAAAUAUUAUUCACAGCUACCUUUGCUAAAUAACGUGAAGUUUCCACGUAAAACUAUAAUCAAGACUGCAGCGGAAAUUGAAUUACACGGAUUCUGCGACGCCAGCGAGAGGGCGUAUGGGGCAUGCGUCUACCUUCGCACCAUCGCUCCGGAUGGUCAUGUUUGGACACGACUCCUCACCGCAAGGUCAAAAGUGGCUCCAUUCAAAUCACAAACCAUUCCAAGGCUGGAACUGAGUGGAGCACUUCUUCUCGCAUCAUUGGCCACUACAGUCCUUCAAGCGUUACCAAGCAACAUUUCUCGGACCGUUUACUGGACUGAUUCUACAAUCGUUUUACACUGGAUUAAUACAUCACCCCAUACGCUGAAAACCUUCGUCGCCAAUCGUGUGACAGAGAUUCAACAAAAGACUCACACCUCAGAUUGGCGCCACAUUCCCACUACCGAUAACCCUGCAGAUCUCAUAUCUCGAGGCCAAUCACCCCAAGACUUCCUGCGAUCUACCAUUUGGCAACAUGGACCAGAAUGGCUCCAACAACCUGAAAAAUACUGGCCGUCGUGGAACCCAGUACCAUUAGUUGAAAUACCAGAGCAAAAGAAGGCAACAUGUCUGUCCGUGACUCCGCCUGACCACAGUCUACUGGAGAGAUAUUCCUCUUGGCCCAAGCUGAUAAGAAUUGCCGCUCGUUGCCUCCGAUGGAGGCAAAAACAGGAUCGGGGGGGACCUCUAACCACACAUGAUUUAACCAAUGCGCAUAACAAAUUGGUCAAAUUGUUACAACUCUGUUAUUUUCCAGAUGAAAUACGUACUCUCCGCACAGAUCAAAAUUCUGCAGUGAAGGGGAAGCUGCAACGACUCAAUCCAUUUCUGGACAAGGACGAGAUAUUGCGAGUCGGAGGCCGACUCAGUCAUUCACCAAUGCCCUUCACUCAGAAACACCCAAUCAUUCUACCCAAAUCCUCAGUUACAGCACUCAUAAUCGAGCAUGAACACCUCCUAAAUCUCCACUCCGGAACUCAAGCUACCUUAUAUGCCUUAAGGAGAUCUUACUGGCCUAUCGACGGCCGUAGUCAAGUUUGGAGCACGCUGAAGAAGUGCGUACGUUGCUGCCGAGCCAAUCCACCUCCAGUAGAGUACGUAAUGGGCGACCUUCCAGCUGCACGGAUAACGGAAUCUCGUCCAUUUACGAACGUCGGAAUCGAUUAUUGCGGACCGUUCUACAUCAAGGAACGAAAGGAUCGCAGCCGACGAAAAAUCAAGGUAUAUGUAGCAAUCUUCGUAUGCCUUGCAGUUAAAGCAGUCCACCUCGAGCUGGUCACCGAUCUCACUAGCGAGGCCUUCAUUGCUGCUCUGCGAAGAUUCAUCGCUCGCCGAGGAUUCUGUGUAACAAUUUAUUCUGACAACGGCACCAACUUCGUUGGCGCCAACAAUGAAUUACGAGAGCUCCGAAACCUCCUGCAGUCCGACGAUCAUAAGGUAAGGAUUCAGUCCUUUUUAGCCGAUCGACGAAUCGAAUGGCACUUCAUUCCUCCCAACUCACCUCACUUCGGCGGGCUGUGGGAGGCUGCGGUGAAGUCCUUCAAAAGACAUCUCAGACGUGUCGCAGGUAACGAGCUCUUAACAUACGAAAAUUUGAACACACUGAUCAUUGAAAUCGAGUCUAUCCUCAACUCCCGUCCUCUGACUCCAAUAUCAUCUGACCCAAACGAUCUUCUUGUCCUUACUCCCGGUCACUUCCUCAUCGGAGAUGCACUAACAAGCUUUCGAGAACGAGAUUUCCGGGACACUCCAUCCAAUCGUCUCUCCAGCUGGCAACAUAUUCAAAGGAUCAAACAACAUUUCUGGCGCCGUUGGCAUCGAGAAUACCUGAACGAGCUGAACAUCCGAAAUAAAUGGAGCAAGGGCAGUCACGACAUCCGAGUAGGCACCAUAGUAGUCCUCAGGGAGGAUAACCAGGAGCCAAAGAAGUAUUUAGUUGAUGGCUAUCAAUUGCUGAAGUACGAACCAAAAGUUCUACUGGAAGGAAAAAUAGCUCAACAUGCAGAACAAAAUUUACACGAAAUAAAUAAGCUCUUAAAACGAUUCAAUGUAACAUAA